GGGCCGUGCCGAGGAUGAGAGACUCCAAAUAUUUACCACUUGGCUAACUAAUUAUCUUUAUUUCCGAACUGGGCUUCCUCCCUCGCUCUUCUACAUUUUGAUACUUUUUGAUCACGUAUGAGUUUAGGCGGAAUUUGGCCAAAAUAAAGUGGAGUAUCUGUGCGUCCACGACACACGCUUAAAAAGUCGACAAAAUGUAUUCCUCUGCUGGAGCUGCUGAGAUGCUUGAGGGACCCCGUUCCUCUGGGUCAUUAAGCUCUGAUCCUGAUGUGUUAGAGCCCCCAUCUUCUCCAGUGCCAGAAUAUGUGUUCAAGCCACCAUCACGGCCAGACUUUGGCACCAUGGGCAGGACAAUCAAGCUCCAAGCCAACUUCUUCGAGAUGGAAAUCCCCAAACUGGAGGUCUACCAUUAUGACAUCGACAUCAAGCCUGAGAAAUGCCCCAGGAGGGUCAAUCGUGAAAUUGUGGAGCACAUGGUCCAGCACUUUAAAACACAGAUCUUUGGUGAUCGAAAGCCAGUGUAUGACGGGAGGAAGAAUCUCUAUACUGCCAUGCCCUUGCCCAUAGGCAGAGACAAAGUGGAGCUCGAGGUGACUAUUCCUGGUGAAGGCAAGGACCGCAGCUUCAAAGUAUCCAUCAAGUGGGUGUCCUGCGUUAGUCUGCAAGCUCUGCACGAGGCACUAUCAGGACGACUUCCCAGCGUCCCUUUUGAGACUAUCCAAGCCUUGGAUGUGGUCAUGAGACAUUUGCCCUCUAUGAGGUAUACCCCGGUGGGCCGUUCUUUCUUCACUCCCUCAGAGGGAUGUUCGAACCCCCUCGGUGGUGGCAGAGAGGUGUGGUUUGGCUUCCACCAGUCUGUCAGGCCUUCCCUCUGGAAAAUGAUGCUCAACAUUGAUGUUUCGGCCACUGCAUUCUACAAAGCCCAGCCUGUAAUUGAGUUCAUGUGUGAGGUCUUGGAUUUCAAAAGCAUUGAAGAACAACAGAAGCCCUUAACAGACUCUCAACGAGUGAAAUUUACAAAGGAAAUCAAAGGUCUGAAGGUGGAGAUCACUCACUGCGGUCAGAUGAAGCGGAAGUACAGAGUCUGCAAUGUGACCAGAAGACCAGCCAGCCACCAAACCUUCCCCCUGCAGCAGGAGAACGGCCAAACUAUUGAAUGCACAGUAGCACAAUACUUCAAAGACAAGUACAAGCUCAUCCUGAGAUACCCCCACCUCCCAUGUCUCCAGGUGGGACAGGAGCAGAAGCACACCUACCUACCUCUAGAGGUUUGCAACAUAGUGGCUGGACAGCGCUGCAUCAAAAAGCUGACAGACAAUCAAACAUCCACUAUGAUUCGUGCCACAGCCCGAUCAGCACCAGACCGUCAGGAUGAGAUUAGUAAAUUGAUGAGAAGUGCCAACUUCAACACUGACCCUUACGUUCGUGAAUUUGGAGUGAUGGUCAGAGAUGAGAUGACAGAAGUGAACGGCCGCGUCCUACAGGCACCUUCCAUUCUGUAUGGAGGCAGGAACAAAGCAAUAGCCACACCUAUCCAGGGAGUAUGGGACAUGAGGAACAAGCAGUUCCACACUGGCAUUGAGAUCAAAGUGUGGGCCAUCGCCUGCUUUGCCCCACAGAGACAGUGCACUGAACUCCUGCUCAAAGCAUUCACAGAUCAGCUGAGGAAGAUCUCUAGGGAUGCAGGAAUGCCCAUCCAAGGUCAGCCUUGCUUCUGUAAGUAUGCACAGGGAGCAGACAGUGUGGAGCCCAUGUUCCGGCACCUCAAGUACACCUACCAGGGCCUCCAGCUGGUGGUGGUCAUCCUGCCAGGGAAGACGCCUGUCUACGCUGAGGUGAAACGUGUUGGGGACACGGUGCUCGGCAUGGCCACGCAGUGUGUACAGGUGAAGAAUGUUCAAAAGACAACACCUCAGACUCUCUCCAACCUCUGUCUGAAGAUCAAUGUCAAGCUGGGCGGUGUUAAUAACAUCCUUCUCCCACAGGGCAGGCCGAUGGUGUUCCAGCAGCCAGUGAUCUUCCUCGGUGCAGAUGUAACUCAUCCGCCUGCAGGAGAUGGAAAAAAGCCUUCUAUCGCUGCCGUUGUUGGUAGUAUGGAUGCCCAUCCCAGCAGAUACUGUGCCACAGUCCGAGUGCAGCAGCACCGCCAGGACAUCAUCCAGGACUUGGCCACCAUGGUGAGGGAGCUUCUCAUCCAGUUCUACAAGUCCACCCGCUUCAAGCCCACAAGGAUCAUCUACUACCGCGAUGGUAUCUCUGAGGGCCAAUUUAACCAGGUUCUUCAGCAUGAACUGCUGGCAAUCCGUGAGGCCUGCAUCAAACUAGAGAAGGACUACCAGCCUGGUAUCACCUUUGUUGUUGUGCAAAAGAGACACCACACAAGGCUGUUCUGUAUGGACAGAAAUGAGAGGGUUGGGAAGAGUGGCAACAUCCCUGCAGGCACCACAGUGGACACCAAAAUCACUCACCCAUCAGAGUUUGACUUCUACCUUUGCAGUCAUGCUGGCAUUCAGGGCACCAGCAGGCCGUCUCACUACCAUGUGCUCUGGGAUGACAACCACUUCUCUUCGGAUGAACUGCAGGUUCUCACCUACCAGCUUUGCCACACCUAUGUGCGCUGCACCCGGUCAGUUUCCAUCCCAGCACCAGCCUACUAUGCCCAUUUGGUGGCUUUCCGGGCUCGCUAUCACUUGGUGGACAAAGAGCAUGACAGUGCCGAAGGAAGCCAUACAUCAGGCCAGAGCAAUGGGCGUGACCACCAGGCCCUGGCCAAGGCCGUACAGAUCCACCAGGACACGCUGCGUACCAUGUACUUUGCCUGAGAGCACACAACCCCAGGUUGGCGUGGGUGAGACCCCACUGAUGGAACACACUACCCCUCGCUGUCUCGCUGUCAGCGGUAGAUAGCAUCACAGUGGUUUCACAUCGCGAUCUCCCCACAUAACAAACCUGUCAGUUACCCAUAAAUCUACAAUUGUACUUCAGCCCCCACCCAACCCAAAUCUAGCCAGCUAUUAGACUAAGAUGCAAAAAGAUCCCUAUUUCAUGGGGAUUGAGUUAGAAGAUGAUUUAUUUACAUGUUGUGCAUUCGUGUUUAUUUGUAUUUGUUGUAGGGAAAUAUGUUGCAAAGUCUGAGAGGAAGAGGAGAAGUUUGUACACUGAUAGAUGAAAUCUACCUUUUUUAAACUAGUGGGCAGUAACAUUUAUAUUGGGGUGGUUUAUAAUUUAGAAGAAUGUGUUCACCCUCCUUCUCCUGUUUUUAUUGUUUGUUAUGGUCUUGGUGCUUGAAGGGAGAAGGAGACAUCAAAAAUGAGGGGGCCCGUUCACUGUUUAUAUGCCUGAUGAUUUGCUCCUCUGACAAACAUUAUUUAUCAGCUAAUCAAAGCAAAGUGCACUGACCAGAAUGGGUACUUUAUCCAGAACAAAAGUACUUAAUAUAUUGAGGGUUGUGUGUGAUUUUCACAUAGGGCACUAUGUGAUGAAAAGUGCCAUUCGAGACCACCUUUCUAUCGUCAUUUCUAUGUAAAACUAUGAAUUAUUUGGCCCACAUCCGCUGGGUUAUCAGUAUUUGUCCUUGAUUGACAUUGGUGACUAUUUUAUGCCAAAUCUGGGGACAACUUACUAAAGGAAUCUUUGAGUCAGAUUUGUUAUCAACCCUUGAACCACCAGUGUAUUCUAGAUGGGGGCUUUUAGUGUUCAGAUUUAAAGCAACAGCAAUUUUACUCUCCUCUGCCUCACUUUUUAGUCUGAACUAAUAAAGUUGCCCCAGUAACCUAAUUCCCAUGCCAAGAAAAAAGUGGAUUGGGACUGGAUCCCAACAAGGACUCCUUUCUAAUGUACUCUGAGCCGUGUUGAUAAAAGACACAUGAUGUAGAAAUCAACAUAGAAGGGAACGUGAUGAAAUCAGUUUGUUCCCUUCGGUUUUUAUAGCCUAUUUUAAUUUCAAUCAUUUUUUGUAAUGAACAUGCAUGUAGCUAACUCAUGUUUUAGACAUUUAGGCAUUUGUGAUAAUUGUUCAUUUCUCCCACUAUACACAUUAACCCUACUUCUAUUUUUUAAUGUAUAUAGCAGCAGAAUAGUGUUUUCUGCCGUGUCUUUGUCAGAGAUAUUUGUGUGGCAUCUCGAUAUCCAGGCAUUCGGUACAGUGGAGUGAAAGCUGCAACGUUUUAAAAGUUUGACUGAUUUGAAAUUCCCUAAAAAAGACCUCUCAAAAUAUAGUGUUUGCUCCAGGAAUUAGGAGCAGUCGUCGCACAAAAGCUUGGGUUUUAUGCAAAUGACUUUUUGUGAGUCUUUAUACUAUAUAUAGUAAUGUUGGUAAUAAGGUAUAUUUUGAAUAAGCUUUCAGUGGAGGCUGCUGACAAUAUUAUAAAGAUUUUUUUUUUUUAAAUGACUGGCCCACAUGUAGUCUAAAUUAACACUGUCUAUUUGUAUACAGAUUUUAAAUGCAAAUAUUCUCUUGCCUUCUAAGACUGUAACAGUCUUACUAAUAAUUCUAGACAUCCCACCUAAGUUUUACUACUAAAUUAAGCUGGCGAAUGUUCUCGUAGGAGGCGACUGGAGGCGAGUAGUCUAUAUUUUCUAACUAUGCAUCAUUUUUAACCAAGAGAUUUAACAGUGGGAUAUCUCACAUGAAUUUGGGUCAUUUAUAGAGGUAGAUAAUCAGGGCUUUUGUUUUUUUUUUUUUGGUUAUUGUUUUUUUUUAGCAUGUUGCAUUUAGUAGCGUUUCUUAGUGCUUAUCAGCAUCUUCAUGCCUUUCUAACGGGAUGAAGUAUUUAUGUGGUCAUUUGUAACAUUGUAGAUUUUUAUAGCCUGAAAAUUGGGUGUAUCCUUUGUAACACACAAUCUUUCUUAGCCAAACAAGAUUACAAACUUUUACAUGAUUAAUAAUCAAAAGACAUGGAAGCACAAAAGGACAUCUUGAUUCUAGGUGCUAGAUGUUUUCACUGUAAACCACCUUAAAUCCUCACUGGAUUGGUCCACAAAGCUUUUUACUUGUAUGCUAAAAGAUGCUUCAUCACUUUGAGGAUCUUUUCUCUCCCUUUGACGACCUCUCUGUGUUACCCUUUUAACUCAUUACCUGUAAAGCAACUAGAAAUCCGACUGACUGUGUUUGUGGGGCAUUCUGAAAAUCAUGUACUUGAUAUUUACUGUUAUGAUGUCAAUAUUGUUCUUAUCGGUGCUGGUCAGACAACAUGUAAAUUUGGAUGCACUUUUGAUAGCAGAACGUUGGUAUGACUUAUAGAGAUGUGUGUUCCUCAAUCGAAGCAGGAGGCUAGGCCAUAUUGCGGGACGUUGGUGUAAUUGUAUGGAAAUGGCCGUGUGUUCUACCUCUUGUUACCUGUUUAAUUGUUAUGGUAACAUCACACUGCUGGCCAUUUCUGUAUAAUUACCCCUGCUAUCUAUCUAAUUGGCAUUGUUGGAGUCUUGCAUUGACAGUAGAGGUAUUAAACGCUUGGUGUGCAUGAUGGUGAACGCGCUUUUCUUAGUUUAUGUAGUUACGUAGUUGUGUGAUUUUUCAUAGUUUUACUCAAAGUGAUAAGAGAGAAUGUGUUUUUUUCCUUUUAGGCGUUUUGAGUGUUGAGCUGUAUGACCAAAUUCUUGAAGUGUGUCUGUAUUCACACACAGUUUUCCCUGCUUUCUUUCCUUUUAAUUCUAUGCACCAAUGAAAUUACAGACUUUUGCUCGACACCUUGAUUUUCCAGCUGAGCAGGGUUAAAGCAAAUGCAAAGCCCACAUCAGGUGUGAUGAUUGCAUAUCAUCGAUCAGGACAAAUUGUAAAUUUACCCUAGUGGUGCUGUUAGUCAGACUGUUAGUUAAAGUCGAUUGUAAGCUGAAAAGAAACUAAAAAACAACCCCUGUCUAAGCAUCAGCCUAAAAAAUAAAUUUCCAUGAAAUCUAUGUGAAUGGAUGUUUGUAAGGCAUAUAACCCAGCAAGGUAAAUCUGAUCAGGUAAAUUUCACCACAUAACUUUUAUUUCUGUAUAUAAUCUGUAAUUUAAAUACAAGUGUGACUGGAUCAGAACAAAUCAAUCUUACAUGUCAGGGGAAGCCUGUCGUUGGCUCUGUACUUGGAAAUGUGAAUGUCCUCUUCUCUGUGCGAAUGCAGGCCUUUGUGAUGCUGCCUCAUUAUUCACUUACUCGAAUGUUCAGUCUUCAGACUGUCUCUCAAAGGGAUGCCUGGGUAUUUAGUAUUUUUGUUGGCGGUCAUUCUCCAGAAGCUGCGUGUCAUAUUAUUUGGAAAGCGGGAAAGUGUAACUGGGUGACAAAAAUGAAAACAUUUUGACCACAAUAUAACGGGUGUCCUAAAAAGUAAAUCGCUAAAAUUCCAAACAUCACGGUGUCAUUUUAGGAGAUGUGUUUACUUGUUGUCACUGCUUCUUUGUGUUUUACAUUACUUAUGACAGCACCUUAAAAUACCAGAUCAGAAUGGCAUUGCUUUUCCUGGAGGU